GUUCGACGUACUCGUUCGUAAAUCCUCUGGCGGGAAGAAGGCGAGACCGUGCGUAGUAGCCAAAGUGUGACUUGUUUACUGUAUUUACAAAAGUUAUGGCUCGAAUACUCAACUGUAUUGUUGCGGUUUGCCCAGACAUGGGAAUAGGAAAAAAUGGGAACCUGCCAUGGCAUCCAGUAAGACUAAGUAAUGAACUCAAGCACUUUCAGAAGAUGACCAUGACCCCUUCAGAUGAGGGUAAGAAGAAUGUGGUCAUCAUGGGCAGAAAGACGUGGUUCUCUAUUCCUGCAGCACACAGGCCUCUAAAGAGCAGGAUCAACAUAGUUCUCAGCAGAGAACUCAAGACAGCCCCAGAGGGAGCUCACUACCUUGCUUCAGACUUCAGUUCAGCUCUCCAUCUGUUAGACAGUGCCGAGCUCGAAAAACAAGUGGACCAGGUUUGGAUAAUUGGUGGCAGCUCUCUGUAUAAGGAGGUGAUGGAGCGCUCUGGUCCCAGGCGUCUGUUUGUAACCCGGAUCCUCAAGCAGUUUGACUGUGACACAUUUAUACAAGAUUUUAACAUGGACAAGUACAAGCUACUGCCUGAAUUUCCUGGUGUGCCCGUUGGCUUGCAGGAGGACAAUGGUGUUCAGUAUGUGUUUGAAGUGUAUGAAAGCAACGAACACUAAGAAGAUCUUUUAAAGUAUGAUGCUACGGUCAGAGAUGUGGUCUAGCGGUUAGUGUUAAUCCUUCAACCUAUCUCCCAUGCAAAAAACCAUUAUCACACUUGUAUAAUCUCCUGGCCCUAGCCUCCGUUCUUUUAUCUAUCACUUCUCAAUUUAUUUUAUUAUUAAACAGGCUAAAAUAUGUUGUGGUUCCAGGACAAUUAAAAGAUGCUAUUCUCGGAUUACUCUUAUGUGUGGACUACUUACUAUAUAAAGUUUGAAGUUAACAGAAAAUCCUGGGAAGAAAGAAGGGAAGUAAAUAAAGGUCAAAGACCAGACUAAACUGACGACUAGUAAACAUUUCCCAUUGGUUUAUAAUUACUGUGCAAAUUUUUUUUUGCAUUGUCCCAAUAAGUACCCUGUUGUCUGUAUGAUGUUUAGUUCCUGGGUUAUUAUUUAAAAUAUUCCGAAAACAGCAUACCUCAUUUUCCACAGUAAUAAACAGGUUUUUUUAA